AUGUCAUAAAUCAAAAAUCAAGACCACCACGCACCUUACGCUCAGCCGACUAAAUUACAAAAAGAAAACUACACAAAACCCAAUUAGUUAUCAAAAUUAACAGUCUUCCCGUCCACCCCAACAUCACAGACUCGCCACCAUGUCGGCGUCCCUGGACUCAUCGCUGGACCCCAUGGAGGAGAUCCGGUUCCGCAAGAAGCACGGGCGCGAGUGGGUCCAGCUGCUGCCGCAAACGCACUUCACCUUCGACGAGCUGGAGCGUGUCAUGAUCAUCUUCCUCAAGAUACAGAAGCGGGACGAGAAGCCCGCGUCACCUGAGACCAUCUCGCGAGCGCACUUUAGGGAUGUCCUACAUACAGGCCUGGGCAUGACGGAUACCUACAUGGUGGAGCGGGUAAUGGUGGCGCUGGACCGGGGCACCUCCCCGCAGGUCACCAUGGCUACGUUCGCCAAAGCCAUGUCCUUGUAUUUAAGAGGAGAUUUGGAGGAGCGCAUAACGUACGCGUUCACUUGCUACGAUUUACUAGGCGAGGGUCAGCUGCGUCGGGAGACCAUGUACCAGCUCAUGAAGAAGUGCUUAAUCAAGGUCUCCAGGGAUGACGAUGUUGAAGAAGCGGUGAAGGAGCUGGUGGAUAUCCUGAUGAAGAGAAUGGACCUGGACCUGGAUGGGGCGAUCAAUUUCGCGGACUUCCACGACUCGGUGGUGGAGACGCCGGCGCUGCUGCAGGCGCUGGGGCCGUGCCUGCCCGCGCGCCCCGCGGUCUACGCCUUCGUCGCCACCUGGUGCCCCGAGUGGAGGAAGAUGUGACGCUUUACACAGUUUCUUGAAGGAUGAAUUCAUAACCCGUUAUUGUCGCGA